AUGACCUUCUUCACAAUAUCAGUGCUCCUUCUCAUCAUUGUCCGUUUUGCAAGUUCUCAGCCAACGAUAAACUACCCAAUUAAUUCUCAGUUGCCACCUGUAGCUCGAGUAAACGAACCAUUCUCUUACGUUUUCUCCCGAUAUACAUUUCGAUCAGACUUCAACAUCACAUACUCACUUGGUGAUGCACCAGAAUGGCUUUCCAUCGAUAGCAAGGAUCGCCGUCUUUAUGGCACCCCAACCGACAACAAUGUCCGGAGCGGUGGUGUAAUAGGUCAGACGGUGGAAGUUGUUGCCAGGGACGAAAAUGGUGCGGCGAUGCUCAGUUCAACUUUGGUCGUCUCAUCAAACAAGAGUCCUUCCGUCAAGAUACCCCUCCUCGACCAGAUCCAAGGCUUUGGUGAUUAUUCACCUCCAUCAUCGCUGAUAUCCUAUCCUUCUACCGAGUUCAGCUUCAAAUUUGACCCCAACACAUUUGAGCACCAGCCUAAUAUGAUCAACUAUUACGCGACCUCCGGUGAUGGUAGUCCAUUACCUGCGUGGAUGAGAUUCGAUACUGGUUCAACGACGUUCAGCGGCGAAACCCCUCCUUUUGAGUCUCUUAUACAGCAUCCUCAAAAGUUUGACUUUAAGCUCGUCGCCUCAGAUAUCGUUGGCUUCUCGGCAGUCUCUGUUGCGUUCUCUAUUAUCGUGGGUAGACAUAAACUCAGUACAGACAAUCCAAACAUCACUAUGAAUACAACACGAGGAAAGAAGCUUGUCUAUCGUGGACUGGCCGACAGUAUCAAGCUCGACAACAAAUCUAUAGAGAUUGGCCAAAUUGACCUGUCAACGGAAGAUAUGCCAGACUGGCUAUCGUUGGACGAAAAGACGUGGAAUAUCGAGGGCACACCAGAGAAAGGCGAUCAUUCAACAAACUUUACCAUCACACUUCGCGAUUCGUACCAAGACACACUCAACAUAUACGCCACCGUCGGUGUAUCUACCGCUCUCUUCCGCUCAACUUUUGACGGAAUCGAGAUUGAGGCUGGGAAGGAUGUCGACAUUGACUUGCGAUCUUAUUUAUGGGAUCCAGAUGAUAUCAAUAUUCGAAUUGCAAUAAAACCAGACAAGAACUGGCUAAAACUUAACGGUUUCAGCAUUACUGGUAAAGCUCCAAAGUCCGCAUCGGAGGAUUUCAAAAUUUCAGUGACCGCCUCGUCAAAGUCUUCAGAAGACAAAGAGACAGAGGUUCUGGAUGUGAGCGUGGUAUCAUCCGAGUCUACGUCGUCAACAGUGACUGAAUCGAAAACUUCACCAGCGUCCACGGGCACAUCUACUUCUCUUGCACCAACCGGAACCUCUUCAAGUCCCGAGAUCCCGCUAGCGGACUCUCAUGGGGGUCUAACAACCGGGACUCUCCUCCUUGCGAUCCUCCUACCCCUUCUUGUUGUCGUGUUCUUGUUAAUGCUACUUAUCUGCUGUCUUAUUCGCCGCCAACGAAAACGAAAAACGUACCUGUCUACCAAAUUCCGCAAUAAGAUAUCUGGCCCAGUGCUUGAGAGCCUUCGCGUCAACGGGGGAGCGUCUGCCAUGCAGGAGGCCGAAAAGGUUGCAAGCAUAGGAGUCACGGGACAGCAACGUCGCCGGCCAGUGAGGACAUCACCUUCAGAGGUGAACUCGGAGACAUUGGUUAUGAUGUCCCCCACGCUAGGGUUCCUGGCAACACCGCAAGUCCCUUCAAGGUACGUUGCGGAGGAUUCUAACGCCAGUUUCUCUUGGUCCAACAGCGUAUCGAACAGUGAGGAUGGUAGACAAUCCUGGGUGACAGUUGAAGGAACUGCAACAGCAGGCCGACAGAGCCGCGCAUCUUUGAGAAGCCAACGAUCAGACACGACGUUGUCAGAGUCAAUUCAUCAACUAAUACCGCCGCCAGUGCUUCUAUCAGAUGCAAGGGCAAGAUCGUUCAGAGGCGGUGUUGAUCCAACUAUUCCAUCGCUCAAUGGUUUACCCAGUGUUCAAUCCCAGAGAGCGGUGUUUCAACAGGGAUCUGACUAUUAUACGAGCGGCAACGAAAGCUCAUUACGAUUCCCGUCUUCCCAUCAGUCUAGCCCAAGACUCAUGACAGGCUUCCCAAUACCAGCGCUGGACGCGAGACUCGGUGACAAUCAUGGUCCACCAAUAGAAGGCGCCCAAAGUAUGCCAGUGUUGAGACGACCGGAAUUAGUACGUCUAUCCAGCCAACAGCUUCUCGGCGAAGAUGGCGGCCCUAGCAGUAGAGCAUGGUAUGACUUCGAGGCCCCGAGGGGGUUAUUCAGUGAUCCCUCCUUCGGCUCAGGGGAGAAUUGGCGACUGUACGAGGCACAGCGCGAUGCAACAAACAUGUCAUAUCACCAGAUUGUGGAUGAAUCGCCAUUCCAUCCACUUCGACCAAGUACUGCGAUGAGCUUAAACGGCAGCGGAGCACAGCCUGGAGAGCGAGCAAGCUCUGAGCUGAUAUCACCAAGCCAAUGGGGUGACGCCCAAAACAGUAUCAGGGGUUCCUUGGCAUCGCUACGGCAGGGCUUGGGGCAAUCUUUAAGUAAGAUGUCUCGCCUGAGCGUCGAUCCACUUAGUGUACCAGGCAGUCGGAAUUCGAAGCCCUCAACAAAUUGGAGGCGAGAAGAUUCAGGGAGGUCAGGAAAGUCGGAAGGUGGUAGUUAUGCAUUUUUAUGA